AUGGCAACACCAGCCCCCACAUCUCGUUCUCGCGCUCCUCCAGCAGGCGACGAAGAAGCAUCCACCGUUUUGAAGCUAGGAGAAUUCCAAGAUGUAGAUGCACUUACUCAUUCUGAAGCCGCACUCGUCAUUAACGCGCUUGUCGCAAAGCGUCGUGGAGAUCGCAAGAAUGUUAAUGAGACUGAGAUUCUCAGUAAGACGCAAGAAUACCUGGAUCACUUUGCGAGAUUCAAGAGAAAGGAAAAUGUGGAGGCUGUAGAGAGAUUGUUGGGAAGUAGGGGAGAAUUGGCAAAAUUCGAGAGGGCACAGUUGGGCUCAUUAUGUUGCGACACGGCCGAUGAAGCGAAGACUCUGAUACCCAGUUUGCAAGACAAAAUCAGCGAUGACGAUUUGACAGAGUUAUUAGAUGAAAUCACAAAGUUGAUGGGAUUUACGAAUUAA